AGAGAGAGAGAGAGGAGAGAGACAGAGAGAGACCUGGUUUCUCUAUCACUAAUCUUGUCCGCGCAAUACACUCGCUCCAUGAGCGCAAUUAGAUUCAGCACCGUUUCCAGCGCCUCUGCAAUGAGUCAUUGAAACAUCUUCCGCGCUGAUAAAAGCCGCAUCUCUUUCUGUUCUCUUCCACCACACACGCGUGUACAGGACGUAUAGUUGGGCUUUUUCUUCACUACAGGGGGACCGUGCGCCUUACUUUGGAUUUGCGGAGCAGCGGCAGCAGCAGCAGGCUGGACGUGGACUUUAUUGUGUUUUUUAUUUUUUUAUUUUUUCUGAUGUGGUGCGCAUUUCGCCCCAAGUCGGGACUUACAUUAAAGAGUCAGACGGUGGAGAUACGGGCUGAGGAUAACCCAUGAAGCUGGAGUCCGGGUAACCUGAGCGUUCUAGGCUUUCUCCUGGACGGAAGAGCUGUACUGCAACCAACGAUCUCCAUGAAGGCUCUUGAGAUGGGGGGCUCUGAAAAAGCUGCUCUGUUUAGCUUGGGCUCCUUUGCUCAGCUUGCAGCCUGAGGCAAAGCAGGAAACAACCUUUGGAGGUUGCAGGGGUAGUACCGAGGACCCAACGGUGGAUCAUCACCACAGCCUGAAAGGCCCAGGCUCAGCACAGCAGGAGCAUGUCAGUGCCCGGAGGCCCUUCAUGGAUGUCUCACUCCAUGGCCAGAUUUUUUCUAUGGAUGGGACUCAUGUCCAUCUGCGUGGCUGUUGUUCAAGCCCAGCAACACCCUGUUGUCACCACCAAUUAUGGGAAGUUGCGAGGAGUGAAGGUUACACUACCCAAUGAGAUACUGGGACCGGUGGAGCAGUAUUUGGGAAUUCCAUAUGCAUUGGCCCCAACGGGGGAGCGGAGGUUCCAGCCACCAGAGCCACCCAUGUCCUGGCCGGGCAUAAGGAAUGCUACUCAGUUUGCUUCAGUUUGUCCUCAGUUUUUAGAGGACCGCUUUUUACUCAAUGAUAUGCUCCCUGUGUGGUUCACUGCCAAUUUGGAUACAGUGGUAACCUAUGUGCAGGAGCAGAGUGAGGACUGCCUUUACCUGAACAUCUAUGUCCCUACAGAAGAUGGGGCCAACACAAAAAGGCAAGGCGCAGAUUUCAACAAUAAAGGUGACACUCAUACAGAUAUCCAUGAUGAGAACGGGUUAAAGCCAGUCAUGGUUUACAUUCACGGAGGGUCCUACAUGGAGGGAACUGGCAAUAUGAUUGACGGCAGCAUCCUAGCCAGCUAUGGGAAUGUUAUCGUCAUCACAAUCAACUACCGGCUUGGAGUCUUGGGGUUUUUAAGCACGGGAGACCAGGCAGCCAAAGGCAACUAUGGUCUGCUGGAUCAAAUUCAGGCUCUCAGGUGGAUCAAAGAAAACAUCCAGGCCUUCAAAGGAGACCCAAAGAGAGUGACCAUUUUUGGUUCUGGUGCCGGAGCAUCGUGCGUCAGCCUGCUCACCCUCUCGCAUUACUCAGAAGAUCUGUUCCAGAAAGCCAUCAUACAGAGUGGCACCGCGCUGUCCAGCUGGGCGGUCAACUACCAACCUGCCAAGUACACGCGAGCCCUUGCCGAGAAAGUGGGCUGCAACAUGCUGGACACCAUCGAUCUUGUGGAGUGUCUGCAGAAGAAGAACUACAAGGAGCUGAUUGAGCAGUACAUCACGCCUGCAAAGUACCACAUCGCCUUCGGGCCUGUGAUCGAUGGCGAUGUGAUCCCGGACGACCCUCAGAUCCUCAUGGAGCAAGGGGAGUUCCUGAACUAUGACAUCAUGCUGGGAGUCAAUCAAGGCGAGGGGUUUAAGUUUGUGGACGGCAUUGUGGACAGUGAGGACGGCGUGUCUGCCAAUGAUUUUGACUUUGCCGUGUCAGACUUUGUAGACCACCUCUAUGGCUACCCGGAAGGCAAGGACACGUUACGCGAGACCAUCAAGUUCAUGUACACCGAUUGGGCCGACAAGGAGAACCCAGAGACCCGACGCAAGACGCUGGUGGCUCUGUUCACUGACCAUCAGUGGGUGGCGCCAGCUGUGGCUACAGCUGACCUACACGCUCAGUAUGGCUCACCCACCUAUUUCUAUGCGUUCUAUCACCACUGUCAGAGCGACAUGAAGCCCAGCUGGGCUGACUCGGCCCAUGGUGAUGAAGUACCGUAUGUAUUUGGAAUCCCUAUGAUUGGCCCCACAGAUCUCUUCAAUUGCAAUUUCUCCAAAAAUGACGUGAUGUUGAGCGCUGUAGUCAUGACCUACUGGACUAACUUCGCUAAAACAGGGGAUCCAAACCAGCCAGUUCCACAGGACACAAAAUUCAUCCACACAAAGCCUAACCGGUUUGAGGAGGUAGCUUGGACCAAGUACAACCCCAAGGACCAGCUCUACCUUCACAUUGGCCUCAAACCUCGAGUCCGAGACCACUACCGGGCUACCAAGGUGGCAUUCUGGCUGGAACUAGUUCCACAUCUUCACAAUAUAAAUGAGUUUUUUCAAUAUGUGUCCACCACCACCAAGAUACCACCGCAGGACACCACCCCAUACCCUUACACCAAACGAUUCCCAGGUAAAAACAGCUGGCCGUCCACCACACGUCACCCAGGGGUCCCGCCUGUCAACACCAAGCAGACCACUGACCAGCGUAAGAGCGGAGACUUAACCGACGAGUCAUCUGUAGUGAUUGAGACCAAGAGGGACUACUCCACGGAGCUCAGCGUCACCAUUGCCGUAGGAGCAUCGCUGCUCUUCCUGAACAUCCUCGCCUUUGCUGCCUUAUACUACAAAAAGGACAAGCGGCGGCAUGAGUCGAACCGACGCGUCCCCACCCCGCAGCGCAACUCCGCCCAAGCCAACGCACCGUCCACCGCCAACGACGUGGCCCACCUUCAGAGCGAGGAGCUGAUGUCGCUACAGAUGAAGCAGCAGCAGCUGGAGCACGAGCACCACCACGAGUGCGAGGCACUGCAGACGCACGACACUCUGCGGCUCACUUGCCCUCCCGACUACACUCUUACCUUACGCCGGUCACCUGAUGACAUACCCCUGAUGACGCCCAGCACAAUCACCAUGAUCCCCAACUCACUGGCUGGCAUGCAGCCUCUGCACAACUUCAAUACUUUUGGUGGUAGCCAGAACAGUACCAACUUGCCCCACGGCCACUCCACAACCCGGGUAUAGCUUACUUGGGACAGGAUGGCUCCAGAUCCCCCCUGGUUCUGCCACUACCCAGACAAAGGCAAAUAUAAGCGAUUAACUGUGUGAAGCACAGACUCCAGAGUCUCAGCAGAUGUUAUUUUGCUACCAUGCCUUCUUGAAAAGUAUAUUCAGUAUAAAUUGAUCAUAAACUCUCAUAAAAGUGAAUGUUACUAUAGUAAUAACUCUUUUUGGAACAAGCUUUGUGGAAGGAUUUCAAGGAGAUUUACCAAAAGAAAAGGCAACCAGUCAAUGACUGUUAGUAUUGUUACAAAGUGAACCAUUUCUGUGUUGGACAAAGAAGUCUUUGCGGAGGCUUUUGUGUCUAAAUACACAAUAGGAAGAUAUUUAACAGUUGUUGAAAAGCAACAAAGGAAGUCCAUUUUUUCAUGAUGAUCCUUCAUUCAUCCGAAACCUGACUUGGGCACAGAAUUCUACACCCCAGCCUGAAAUGUAUUUAUGACAACUUUAUAAAAAAAAAGUAUAUAAAUGUGCGUGAAAAUUAAACAAGUUUUAAAAAAAGAAGAAAAAAUUACACUAAAAGAGCUCCUUCUAUUACUGUUUGUUUUUUUUCGCUGAGAUUUUUUCGUUCAGCGCGUGCUUUCUGUUAAGGUGUGUGUAAAUAUAUCCGAACAUUCUUCAUUCUUUUUGCCGAUUACAAACCCGCAUUUCAUUCGUUUUCCCAGAAAGACCAAAAUGCAAAUGCGACCCCGUCCUGGGAGAGUCGCGCACUGUCCAUCCGCAGGCCAUCACGUCACUGUCUCGUGCAUUGCUUUGUGUCCACUCUUUAGACACUGCAUGUCCAGGAAGAGCUUUACUCUGCAUUUUCAGACACGUCUCCUGUCUGAGAAUGAGGACUAUCUGGAUCCCAUCAGCUGCUGUCAUCCUGUUAUGCUUCCAAUAGUUUUUUUUUGUGGGCUUUUUCUGUCUUGCGAUCUCAGCACUGCCUGAGCUUACAAUGUGACCAGCAAUGUAUUAUUUAGAAAUAAAAAAAAAAGGCAGUGCUUUUUUUUGUAUUAAUAUUAGUUGGAUAUGUUUGUAAAGAAAUAUAUGUUAGAUAUUUCAAAUUGUCAUAUGCUAGCAAUAUGUAAAGUAUUGUGCCAGGCUUGUGAUAUUUUGGGUUACAAAAGCAAGUGAAUGAGUGUAAAUAUUAAUGAUAUUAAUUAUUAUAAAAUUACAACACAAGUAACCAUUAACUCUUUUUCGUUUUGCAUCCUAUUACAAAAAGAAAAAAAAAUGGAAGUACAUCUAGAAGAUUUUAAGCUACAUUUGUAAAUUCUAUAAAAUAUAUAUUCUUGCCAUUUGGUCCCUAAACCAGUCAAGAUAACAAGGGUUUUAAUGUAGAAUUUUAAAGUCCUUAGUUUGUCUUAUUUGUUUGCGGUUUUGCCUUAAGUGAUAAUAGACAUAUUUCUGGCUGGACACCUGUAUAAACUUUUUCUGCAACAUUUUUUAAUAAAAUACCACAGUAUUUUCUAAAAAAAAAAAAAAGAAAAGAAAAAAAAGAAAAAAGAAACGUGAGAGGUUUAAUUGGCGUGUUGUGUGUACAAAUGUGAUUUAUUGUCAGUGCAUAUCACUUUGGUAAUACAGUUAAUAGAAUGA